ACGUAUUGAACAAAACGGUCGGUCGGCCUGUUUUGGCGGAGUCACAAAAUUGGUUGAGGUAGUCGUCGACUGUUUUCAAUGGACGGAAGGUGGAGGUGAUCAUGGUGGCCCACUCAAGAAACGAGUGAGGUGGAAGAUUGGCAUGAUGGCGGUUGGACAUUUUUGCGUACUGGUGAACGACGCCUUCUGGGAGUUCGGUGCCAACGAUGGGGAGCUAGUGGAUGACGGGAACGUUGCGGAGGGAGAAGGCUUGUUGGAGUUUGGUGGGGAGGGUGAAGCUGAUAGUCGACGAAGUCAAGAGAGGUUUCAAUUGGGGGGGAAUUGUCGACGACUGUGUAAUGGUGAGGUUGUCGUUUUGGGCGAGAGGGGAGGUGAGAUGACCAUGGUGGAGGUGGUGGUGGAUGAAGGCGGAGGCGUGGAUGACGUGUUGGCAGAGAAAACGGAGGAUGUGGAGGAGGAGGUAAGUGGUGUAGACGUGGAGGCGGGGGGUGGGGGAAGGGUGAUGGAGUCCGAGGUGGAGGAGGGGGCUGUGGUGGUGACGACCUGGAUGGUGGAGGAGGCAUGUUGUUGUCGACAACGUGGAGCACGACUAUGGCGCCCAGGUACCAGAGUGGAGCACGGCUAUGACGCCCAGGUCGCCAGUGUGGAGCACGGCUAUGGCGCCCAGUUAAGUACCGCUGACGCAGGUCGCGAGUGUGGAGCACAGGUUGACAGCGUGGAGCACGACUAUGGCGCCCAGGUACCAGUGUGGAGUACGGCUAUGGCACCCAGGCAAGUACCGCUAAAGCAGGUCGACAGCGUGGAUCACGGCUAUGGCGCCCAGGUCGACAUCGUGGAUCACGACUAUGGCGCCCAGGUCGACAGCGUGGAUCACGGCUAUGGCGCCCAGGUCGACAACGUGGAUCACAGCUAUGGCGCCCAGGUCGACAGCGUCGAUCACGGCUAUGGCGCCCAGGUCGACAGCGUGGAGCACGGCUAUGGCGCCCAGGUCGACAGCGUGGAGCACGGCUAUGGCGCCCAGGUGGUUGUGGUUCUGGUUGUUGUUGUGGUUAUUGAUAUUGUUGUAGUUGUUGUGCAGGUCGACAACGUGGAUCACGGUUAUGGCGCCCAGGUGGACGGCGUGGAGCAAGGCUAUGGCGCCCAGGUAGUUGUUGUUCUGCUUGUUGUUGUGGUUGUUGCUGUAGUUAUUGUUCUUCUUGUUGUGCAGGUCGACAGCGUGGAUCACGGCUAUGGCGCCCAGAAGAGUGACGCAGGUGGACGUUGUGGAGCACGGCUAUGGCGCCCAGUCGACAGUGGGGAGCACGAUUAUGGCGCCCAGGUGGUUGUGGUUCUGGUUGUUGUUGUGGUUGUUGUUGUGGUUGUUGCUGUUGUUGUUGCUGUUGUGCAGGUCGACAGCGUGGAUCACGGCUAUGGCGCCCAGGUCGCCAGUGUGGAGCACGGCUUUGGUGCCCAAUUAAGUACCGCUGACGCAGGUUGGAGCACGGCUAUGGCGCCCAGUGAAGUACCGCUGACGCAGGUCGACAGCGUGGAGCACGGCUAUGGCGCCCAGGUGGUUGUGGUUCUGGUUGUUGUUGUUGUUGUUCUUGUUCUGCAGGUCGACAGCGUGGAUCACGGCUAUGGCGCCCAUGUCGACAACGUGGAGCACGGCUAUGGCGCCCAGGUGGUUGUGGUUCUAGUUGUUGUUGUGGUUGCUGCUGCUGUUGUUGUUAAUGUGCAGGUCGACAGCGUGGAGCACGGCUAUGGCACCCAGGUGGUUGUGGUUCUGGUAGUUGUUGUGGUUGUUGUUGUGGUUGUUGUUGUUGUUGUUGUUGUUGUUGUUCUUGUUGUGCAGGUCGACAGCGUGUAUCACGGCUAUGGCGCCCAGGUCGACAGCGUGGAGCACGGCUAUGGCGCCCAGGCGGUUGUGGUUCUGGUUGUUGUUGUGGUUGUUGCUGUUGUUGUUGUUGUUGUGCAGGUCGACCGUGUGGAGCACGGCUAUGGCGCCCAGUUAAGUGUCGCCAGUGUGGAGCAAGGCUAUGGCGCCCAGUUAAGAACCGCUGACGCAGAUAGUCUCCAAGUCAUCAAUGUGGUCACUACUCAUCAGCGCCACCUCUGCAGGUCACAUCUAACCCAGGUCGACAGCGUGGAUCACAGCUAUGGCGCCCAGGUCGACAGCGUGGAGCACGGCUAUGGCGCCCAGGUGGUUGUGGUUCUGGUUGUUGUUGUGGUUGUGGUUGUUGCUGUUGUUGUUGUUGUUCUUGUUGUGCAGGUCGACAACGUGGAUCACAGCUAUGGCGCCCAGGUCGACAGCGUGGAGCACGGUUAUGGCGCCCAGGUCGCCAGUGUGGACCAAGGCUAUGGCGUCGAGUUAAGUACCGCUGACGCAGGUCGACAGCGUGGAUCACGGUUAUGGCGCCCGGGUAAGUGACGCAGGUCGACAGCGUGGAGCACGGCUAUGGCGCCCAGGUGCUUCUUCUUCUUCCUCUUCUCAUCAAAUAUUGUUAUGGAUUGUUUUUUUUGCAUCUUUUGCAGUGAAAGUACCUAUGGUACCUGUUCAUAUUUAGUUACCUGAAG